GAGAAAAAAGGAGAGAAGACAGAAUCCCUAAUGAAUCCUUAAUGUGUCUGACUUCAUCAAGCCAUGCGGCGACAGUUCGAUACAUUGAUUGUCUGAUUGGAUAGAACUGUGGUAGGCUAUAUAAUUUCUCUUUUCAAUUGUUUUUCACCUGCUGAUUUAUCGAGGCGAGAAGCUGUUGUUCAGCCAAUUCUGCAGCGAGGAAGCAAGCGCUCAAUGAAAAAUGCGGGAAUUCUCCGCUGUGGCCUUGUUUUUAUCCAUCGUUUUACUGUCAUAGUGAGGAAUGCCGGGUGGUGUAGAUUGUCAAUGUCAUCGCUCCGAUCAAGUGCACCUUGUGAGCCGCCAGCGCCGCAUCAACAAGCAUCACGACCACCACCCGACCGGGACAUCGACACGACGCCUCUGAGUCCGCCGCUCUCCUCCGGCUUGUGACAUGACAGCCCGGGGAAGAAAGAAGAGGAUCAAGCGGCACAGACCUGCAAGCGGACGUGUGGAUUUGAAUACAAAGGCCGCGGGUAACAAUCAUUUUGAGGGGCUGGAGCCCACGGAAGCCCGGACUGCAAGAGAGGGCAGUGCCACACAGACACCGACAGGCUACACCUGCGAUACGAGACAUAGAGAGGAUCCCAUAUCACCAACUGCUGUUAUUUCAUCUGUUCCCCUAUUCCAAGAUCAGGCCACCUAUCUGUUUUGUCUUCUUGCGUAAAUGUGGAUGGAACUGACUGCGUUUUUGGAUAAAAUGAAUUGACUAAUGUGCCAUUUUAACUACAGCGUCUGGAUUCAAUGGCACGUGACAGAGAUUGAUGACACAUUUAUCCCAAGUCCACAGUGUUAUCAUCCUGUCAAGUCCCCCUGACUAGAACCCUAACCUCAUCAUGGGCUGCAUACAGAGCAUCACCUGUAAGUCGCGCAUCAAACGUGAAAACAUAGUGGUCUACGACGUUUCCGCCACUAUCGACCACUGCCCAACAAUCAUUGAGGAGAACUCGCCUAUAGUGUUGCGCUACAAGACGCCCUAUUUCAAGGCCUCUGCACGGAUAGUGAUGCCCCCUAUUCCCCGUAAUGAGACUUGGGUGGUGGGUUGGAUCCAGGCAUGCACCCAGAUGGAAUUCUACAACACCUACAACGACAUCGGCAUGUCUAGCUGGGAGCUACCAGAGCUGUGUGAGGGUCUUGUGAGGGCCAUCAGUGACUCAGAUGGGGUGAGCUACCCCUGGUACGGUAACACCACCGAGACGGUCACCCUGACGGGGCCCACCUCCAAGCCCUCUCGCUUUACCGUCAGCAUGAACGAUAACUUCUACCCCAGUGUGACCUGGGCAGUGCCCAUCAGCGACAGCAACCUUCCCCUGCUCACCCGCAUCAAGAGGGACCAGAGCUUCACCACAUGGCUGGUGGCCCUCAACACGGCCACGCGGGAGAAGAUCCUGCUGCAGACGGUCAAGUGGCGGAUGAGGGUGGACAUCUUGGUGGACCCCUCCAUGCCCCUGGGCUCCAGAGCCACCCUGAUGGGCCGGACGCACCAGGACCAGCCCCGCGUCCUAACCCGCAUGGAGCCUAUCCCCCCCAACGCCCUGGGGAGGCCCAACGCCAACGAUGCCCAGGUGCUGAUGUGGAGGCCCAGGAAGGGCCCGCCUCUGGUGGUCAUCCCUCCUAAGUAGAGAAGGAAGGAGAGAGGGAGGGGAGGUGGAACUAUGGGACCGGACAUCCAGCCAUGAUGAGAUCAAUAUGGACAGCUGCCUUAAAUCUCCACCACUGCCUUUGAGUAGAGCGGGAGAAGAUCAUUGCCUGGAUCGGGUAUAAAUACAGGACAGACCCACAGACGGACCCCUGCCUUAAUAAAGUCAUUUGGCCUGGAGAAGCAAGGAGGACUUGUGGGUGUGCCAGGCCCAGCAGGCUUCAGAGUAGGCUACACUCCAGGGGAGCAACCUGUAACCUAUCGCACACCAUACUGCCUCACCGAGAUGACAGAGCAGCCAUCUUUAAUCACAGAUUGCUCUGGGUCUAUGACAGUGAUGUAGAGGGCUGUAUCUCAAAUGGAGCCCCAUUACUCUUUGGCUCUGGUUAAAGGUAAUGCAGUAUGUGGAGAAUGCGUUGCCAUGUGAGACUAGCCCAAGGUGUGAGAGGCACAAGACUACAUGUAUUUGGCUUUAUGGGUAUAAUACAGGUGGUAUUGAGGUGUAUAAUGUAUUUUAUAUGUAAGAACAAAGAUUGUGGUACAUUUAAAGUCAGCCUUCAUGCUCAGUACAGUUACAGAAAGGGAUGGAUGUGUUACUGGGAGAGGGGAAAGACAGGGUCUCUAAAGCAAUCUACAGCAGCCCCAAUGAGAACAGCAGUGUAGGCCAGGUAGUAGAUGAGUUUCAUUACAAACGCUAUAUAUUCAUUUUCAGAAAUGUUGGUAAAUUAGCUUUUAUUGUUUAGAGAAAUAUUGAAAGAGAUUUAUGUGUUUUUUCACUAUCUAAUCAUGGCAUGUUCAAUGACAGACAUGCAUUUGUUUAAAUCUAUCACUUGAUGGUUUCAUUUCAGAGAGACAAAUUAUAUUUUUGUUGUGCAAAAUGCUAUAUAUCCACCUCACUCUCUGAGAAAUAAGUAGUUAUGCUAGGUUUUAUAGAAUGAAAUGUAACAAAUAGCUACAUUUUUAAUAAAGAAAUGUACAAAUGAUACAUAUGUGAUCUUUAUAUAUUUUAUUUUACAAAAAUAAUUCAACAUAGUAAUAUGAGAUCUAUAUGUAAAACAUUUACAUUUGACAUUUUAGUAAUUUAGUAGAUGCUCUUAUCCAGAGCUACUUACAGUAAGUGCAUUCAUCUUAAGAUAGCUAGGUGAGACAACCACAUAUCAGUCAAAUAUACAGGAUAGAAACAUUCCAUUCGAGAUAAACAAUGGAUAUAUAGCGUUUUCCCCCCCAAAAAAACACUUCAUACAUAUCUAAAAUCUAUGAAUAAAACAUAUGAGAGAAGUUAUAUUUUAUACACACAUGAAGGUGAAAAAUAAUUUCUGGUGAAAAAAUACAAAUGUAAAAAAUUGGUGGAUAUAGCGUUUUGGAAAUCAAUUUUUCAGAUGCAGAAAGGAGACUGAGUGGGCCAGGCCAGGUAGUAGAUGAAGAGCAGACUGAGUGGGCCAGACCAGGUAGUAGAUGAAGAGGAGACUGAGAAUGUAAUGGGCGUGUUCCUCUGCCCAGGUUUUGCUGACGCAUGCCAGAUCUUACAACGUGUGAAUGUUUUAAGUUUCAGCUAACCACAUCAUUAUGGUUGCGUUCCCCUGUUCAGAUGUUGCAUGCAUCAACCAAUGGUUGCAUGCCACAUCAUCAACUGUGUCAUCGAUUGACAGAUUGCCAUAACAUACAGUAUAUGGUUAGCUGAUGCGUAAAAUACCUAUCUAAACGCAAGUUCUGGCAGGCGUCAGCAACGCCAAGGCAGAGGGACACUCCCUACGUUCUAGCAAUCUGUCAGUCGAUGACACAGUUAAUGACGUGGCACGCAACCAUUGGUUGAUGCAUGCAACCAAUAUGAACUCCUCAUGCUGCUCAUUACUGAGGUGCAAACCAUACUAGCCUUUACACUGACACACACAUCCCCUCUGUGAAUAAACACACAUGCAGACACACACUUAUGCACACAUCCCCUCUGUGACUACACCCAAGUCAUUAUCAUAAGAGGGACGAGUGGGAUAUUACAAACCAUUUGUUUAGAUUGGAGGACAUAUCACAUACCGUGUAUGGUGGCCACGUAUGGUGACAAACGUCCAUUGAGAGCCAGUCACUCACAGUAACAGAUGUGCCUGAGAACAGAAUGACUCGGACUGGAGGAUGUAGUGGGACAACACGGGGUGGUACUUUACAGGGUUUCAGAAUGGAUGGGUGGGAGCUUUUGCAUGCAAGCAGUGUUUUUAAUUCAAUAAAAUGAUUCAAGUAAAAUGUGUCUUUUUUAUAGAACCUAU